AUGUCGUCAACACCAACAACAUCUUCCGCCGUUGGCGAUGCGGCUGCAGCGCUGUCGGGAAAUCUACAAUUGCCACCGUUGCGUACUUUGGAUGAUUUUGUGCUGGGCUCUGCGCGUUUCCAGUUGCCCAAUCUCAAGGAUUUCGACAAGUGGGGCAAUCGUGUAGUCAAGAAUCUGCUGUACUAUCAGACCAAUUAUUUUCUCGUCUUUCUGGCCAUCUAUGUGAUAAUGAUUGCCUUCAAUCCGACGAAAAUCAUCAGUGGUCUGGUCGUUCAAGCUUUGAUCAUCGGCGUCAUUUGGCAAUUCUUUAGCAGCAAAUCGAAGAAUAAUUUCAUCGCCAGUCGCUUAACCGGUGGCAAUCAGAUCUUGGCCCAACAGAAUGCCCAGCAGAAGUGGUAUAUUCUGGCGGGUGCAUUGCUAACCGGCUAUCUAUUUCUGCACAUGAUUAGCGCCGUUUUGUUGACCGCUUUCACAUUGCUGCUACCCAUUUCGGUGACAUUUAUCCAUGCCUCGCUGCGUCUGCGCAACAUGAAGAACAAACUGGCAAAUACCAUUGAGAGCUUUGGCCCCUCCACGCCAAUGGGCUCCUUUUUGGAUGCACUCAACGUUCGUGCCGAUGGAGUCAUCAAUUGAAUUGAGAUUCGAUACGGGCCCAUAGCUAAAAGCGUCCGCCUCAUUGCUGGCCAUGUUUGACAAAUAUCUCUUCUUUGUUUGGUAAUUGUUAUGUGUAAUGCUGAUUAAAGAUGCUUCUUCAAGUCCAGACACUGUAUUACCUUAUGCAUAAUUUGAUCCUCCAAUUUUCAAUAUAAUUUGUAAUUUGUAUUACCAAUGUAUUUGUGCGAUUAUAAAUAUUAAAAAUAAAGUUCUCCCUUUUAAAGUAUAUCGUUAAAAA